AUGAUCUUGAUGUUGGAAACUCCCACUGACGACUCAGUGGAGGUGUCCAUCGCUUUUCUCAAGGAAUGUGGUGCUAAGCUAGCUGAAGUUUCACCUCGUGCUCUGGACACUAUAUUUACACGACUUCGUGGUAUUCUCCAAGAUGGCGAUGCUUCAAAUCUUGAUAAACGUGUGCAAUACAUGAUCGAAGUGGUGAUGGCUAUCCGUAAAGACAAGUUCAAGGCCUAUCCUGCAGUUCUUGAAGAGUUGGAUCUCAUCGAUGAGGACGAUCAGAUUACGCAUACUCUUUCUUUGGAGGAUGCGAUAAACCCGGAGAAUGAACUGAAUGUGUUCAAAAUGGACCCUGAGUUUGAGAAGAAUGAAAAGCAGUACGAAGAAAUUCGUGCUGAAAUCAUUGGCGACGCUGACGAUAGCGAUGAAGAAGGCAGCGAUGACGAAGAAGGAAGUGGUGGUGAAGUCGAUGAAGAAGGUGGAGCAGCGGCAGCGCCGUCGGGUACCACGGAAAUCAUCGAUAACACGGAACAGAACCUUGUUGCGUUCCGACGUGAAGUCUAUCUCACCAUACAAUCAUCGCUUGACUUCCAAGAAGCUGCGCAU